AUGUCGUCGGCUCCAUCAACACAGGAAAGGUUGACUGAGAUAUUAUCUACUUCGACUUCCCCGCUUGAACCGCUAAUAGAGCUAGAGGGAGAGGUCAAAACAAACUAUCCGAAGGAGCGCAUAGCAAGUGAUAUGGAGUUUUUCAGCACAUAUUACUCCUCAUACCUAAUAUCACUCCUCCUUGAUGAUGACGUUCACGAAGCUCGUAUGAUAUUCCGCCGUUUGCCACAUGCUAUACUUGAGCACGAUGCCUUGAUGCAAUCUCUCGAAAAGCUAUUACGAGCUGUUGCGAUGAGGGACCAUGGAACAGUCUAUGAAAUUCUCAAGACAGCCCCAUGGCAUAAAAUUACUGAACCUCUAGUUCAGUCAUAUACAGUUCAUUACCGGAACAAGGUCAUAGACGAUACUAGUUUAUCAUACAAAAGUGUCAGGCUACCUACCAUCGAAUCAAAGCUUGGACUUGAGCAGGACUCGGAUGCUAUGCAAGAUGAUACCGGAGAUGACGUACCAUCACAAUUGAUACAAGAUCUCUCUGCAAAAGGCUGGACCUAUGAUGCUGUUUCGAAGUUGAUACACCCCGCAAAACCAGCAAUGCAGGUCGAUGCGCAAGAGAGGAUAAGGCUCGGGCAAAUAUCUGCACUAAUUGGGAACCAUGGAAGUGGCUGA